UCGACAGAGGGAGGCAGAGGCAGCCGCAGGCAGCAGCGAGAUUCAGGACGCCGAGUGCACAGCUUUCCGGGAGGACCCGGGCCUACGCCCGCCCGAGGGCUGUUGAUGCGCCGCCUCCGUGCGCCCCUCGUCAAACGGCGGCGGUUACUGCUUCCGAGGUCAUUUAACUGGGACGCGUCUUUCGGUGCAGACUUGGCGCGCGCCUGCAGUAGCGGCACCAACCUGCGCCCAAACCCGGGCAAAUGACUUACCUCUGCCCUCGCCCAGUGCUCAGCUACCAUUUCCUUCCGUCUUUGCUCCGCUCUGUGUUUAACGGCGCGCGCCAGGCAAGACCGAGAACGGAGGCCGCAGGGCCCUCCAGGCCAGGUUCGUCCCUCGAUCCCACCCCGCGGGGGGGACGUGUAGCUCCCGGCGCUCCGGCCGCUGACCAGCGCCCGCAGUCUUAGCCGAGGUUGCCGCAGCGCCAGUAAUGUCGGGGCCCAGGCUGGAAGGACACGGCGUGGGGAGGCUGGGUGCCGGCCGGCUGACCCCGCGCCCGUCCCCUGGCCGCAGAUGGGGCGGGCCAACAGGCAGGGCCCGAGGAAGCCCUUGGGCUUUGGGCGUUGGGGGGGAGUGGGAGGGACCGCAGCCCCAGCGGCGCGGGAGCGAGUUCAUUCGCGUCCCCUCAUGGGGAAGGGAAGUGGUUUUCUAUUUUGGGGUGAGGGCAAGGCCAGAGAAGCUGCCACUAACUUUGGAUCCAUGCAUUGAGUUUGGAAAGCUUGAAAAGGCUCAGUACUUUCUGUUCCCAGAUCUUUUCCGAGGAGGAUUUCCAGCCCCAAAUUUGAGACCCAUCUCCCCUCUCAGCCAGAACCGUGGGCUCGUCCGGAGGGAGGCACAAGUCAUCUCCCCCAGCAAACGGGCCCGGCCUGCGGAGAAGGGCGGCAUGCGGCUCCGCUUUGUCCGGCUUUCGGAGCACGCCACCGCUCCGACCAAGGGGUCCGAGCGCGCCGCGGGCUAUGACCUAUACAGUGCCUAUGAUUACACAGUACCACCUAUGGAGAAAGCCCUUGUGAAAACAGACAUUCAGAUAGCUCUUCCAUCUGGGUGCUAUGGGAGAGUAGCUCCACGUUCUGGCUUGGCUGCAAAACACUUCAUAGAUGUAGGAGCUGGUGUCAUAGAUGAAGAUUAUAGAGGAAAUGUUGGUGUUGUACUGUUUAAUUUUGGCAAAGAAAAGUUCGAAGGUGUGGGUCACACAGAUGGAAUGCUUCUGGAGCUGGCAGCUCUCUUGGCCACCCAGUUCCUGGAAACACAGUCUCUAGACAUCAGUGCAAGGGAUUUAUUCUCCAUGAAGCCUUUCAGACACAUGAAAUCUCUGGAGAGGAACUGUUCAGCAAUCCCAAUCAAUUAAGUUUUCAACAGCUUUGUGUGUGACUCUGAUUAAGUCACUGUUUUCAGUAACUUGUGGUGAACCAGCAAAAAUUACCAAAGGUUAUGGAAAGUGGACCUAAAUACUUGAAUAAUUCUCCCACAGCAUUCUCAAGGAGAAUAGGGACAAUAUUUGGACUAAAUAUAGAAUUGCUAGAUUUAUAGUGCUCUUUAAGAUUAUAGAUAAAAAGAGGAAUUUGAGACUCGAAGUGCCAUCUUCUCUUAAGAACCAUCUACACAGUUGAUAAUUGCUCAGAAAUGUCCGAUGUUGGAUAUACUGUAACCUUUUUUUCACACUUAUAGCAUGAGUUACAGAUGAGUUAUUUCCAGGGUGCUUUAUCCUGAGAAUUAUUAUUGACAUACUAAUGGAAAGAGAAAUUUUCUUUGAGAAAAGAAAAUGACAACUUUUCUAUCUGAUAACUUGUCUUUCUGUCUUAGGAAAAGACAGAGGCUCUAGCUGAGAAACAUAAAUUAUAAGCAAUAUUAAGAUAAUAUAUUGUUGAGAAUAUUGCUAUUCAGAGUCCUUAGAAAAUGAUAUUCAAACAUCCACUAGAUGUCACUUGAUGUUUGCUUUUUGUAAAGGUAGCAUGUUUCUUUUUUAAAAAAAGGUUUAUCUGCAAUUACGAAUCAACGACUCCCAGUGGGUCCAAACUGGCAGAAAACAAGAUGCAGCAAUAUUUGAGUGAAAGCAGGCGAAAGUCAUUAAAUGAGAACAAUGAUUAUAACUUUAAAUAAGAUUUGGGUGGUUGUAGGGUUUGCAUAAUCCCUCCUGGCAUUUGCAAGGAUGAAGAGAAGCCAGCAGCUUUGCCCUCCUGCUGUGUUUAAACAAAAAAUGGAAAAUUGUAAUGAACAGCUAGAUUUUUCCUAUCUUCCAUUUUCUUUUUUCUUUCUCUUCCCCUCCCCAUUUUUAGGAGAAUGCAACUUUUAAAAUGAUUGCCCUUUAAUGAAGUUAUUUUGCAGCAUGUUAAGAUCAAUUUUUCUUUGUUCAAAUUUCUACCCACAAAUUAAAACUACUUUAAUACACAUUGUCUCAGUGAAGCGCAUGUGACAAAAGUAAAUGGGGAAGAUGUCUAGAAUUUUGUGAGGGUUCUCUGGGGUUAUCCACUUCCUGUAUUUGCUAAAAAUCUAAUAAUCAGUUCCAGUAGAGACCAUGUAUCCUGGGGUUUUGUUUUGUGUAACAGCUAUUUGUUUAUUUUU